GCGUUGUGGGGUCACUGGAGCCGGGGUCAGGGGUGUGGAGCUGUUGGAAGGGGCUUGCAGAAGCUCUCAGGUGAGAGGCGGCCUGAGCAGUGGGGGAGCACGGAGGUCAGGAUCCUGGGAAUGGCAGAAGGCUGGGGAACAUGUCAGGAAUGGUUGGUUUGGAUGGCCAGGAUGGUUCUGACCAGCUUGCCUAGAGGUCAGAAGGCAAAGGGGCCAGCUGGGGACUCCCCACUGCCUCCCCAGUUGCCAUGUCAUAUUUGCCUUGGUGUCUUGUGCUGAAACAUUUCUGCCAUCACUCCAUUGCACUUUGAGCUGGUGAUGCCAUUGCCCAUUGAGUCUUGGCAUGUCCCUCAAAUAUCCUUGACUUGUUGUAGUGGUUGUUGUGACACAUAGACACUUCAUUUCUCUGGCGUGACCCUCAUGGUGACCACAGCGUGGAAAAAGGGUGCUGGGAAGACUUCAGGGUAUUCUGUGGCAGGAUCUUGGAUCCCCACUGGCUGUGACAGCGUCUCAUCCCAGGACAGGGCUUCUCUUCCAGGGUAUUUCAGGGUUCUGCAUGAGGAAGGUGCUGCCUGGCCUGUUUGCCCAUCCACUAUGCUUUGGCUUUUGGUGGAGCACCAGGGCUGUUGCAUUCACUUGUGCCAAAGUGUUAUUUGGGCAUGUUGUUGAGCCAGAGCACCUGCACGGCUGUGGUUCAGAGAGGUCUGUCCAGGGGACAUCCAGGAACUGUCAUUGUCUCCUGGAUGAGGUUUGGCUGUGGAGCAUCUCUGCUGUGACACUGCACAGGUGUGUGAUGGGGCCCUGAUCUUUCUGAGCAGUGCAGAAGGUGAUCUGUGUGUUGUGUCAUCUGUGCAUUCUUUGGUCUUUCAGAGACAUAACUUGCAGGACAAAUCUGUUUCCAUCCCUGCUGCUUCCCUCUGACUGCAGCUGGAGUUUCUAGAAAAUGGCCCCAUGGCCGAGGAGUUUGGACCAGGCACAGGAAGGAGGAACACUUCUUGCUGAAUCUGAAAUAAGUGUUAGACUGGCUGAGGAAACUAUGUUAGCUAUUGAAGGGUAACACUGGAAAGGGAAAUUUCCUUUUUUUCAUCAUUUUUUUUUGCAAGAGUGGUUUCAGUCUGGAAGGUUUUCUCAGGGUAGACACAAUUGGCCUCACACUGGGAAAUUACUUUGUCAGGGCAGAAAGCUCAGACUCUGCCUGUGUUUCCUAAAUGAUGGCUGAACUUCAUUCCAUGUGCUCAAAACCUUGAGUCCACACCUAAGGAGGGAGUGCAGGAGUCACACAGAAAUACAAACAUGAGAGUGAGUAGUUGACCAACCUCAGUGUAACUUCUGAGAAGAAAGUUACUCUUAUGCCUGAGCAGGAGGAAAGUGGUGCUGGGGAUGAUAAAGUGAGAUUAAAAUAAUUUAAUCUCCCUUUUUUCCCCCCCAAGAUUAAAUGUCACAUGGGCACAGGAGCCAGUUCCCAGCAUCACAGUGCACUGUGAGAAUAACUGGAGUUUCCUGCUGCGACCUUUGAUGGUGAUGGAACCCCUCACCAGCAGCAAGAGCAGUGACACCCUGGCCCAGAACUGUUCUCUGUUUCUGGUGCAUGCCAUGCUCUUGCAUUUCUGUGUCCUGUGUGAUGUUUGGAUUUGUGGUGUCAGGCUGCACUUACCUCACCUUCAGACCAAGUAACCCCACAUCCCAUGGCACUGGUAAUCAGGAAUAUUCUGUCAUCAGUUGAAUUUUUAAGCCAGUCCUGCCUUUCUCUUCUAUUCCUUUGCCUCUUGUUUCUGUGGUCCUCUGGGUUUGAGUAUAAUCUGAGGGACUGUUCCAUUCCACUCAUGUUUAAAUUUGGGCAUGGAGUGGGCCAUUUGCUUUGUCUGUCACUUGUUCCUUGUUUCCUUAGCCCCAGCACAUCAUGGUUAUCCCAUGGUGACUCCAGCAUUCCCACUUGCUCUGCUGCUCCACAAAACUCUUGAGUAGUUAUGGAAUUGUCACGCUGUUGUAGUGGCCUCCUCCUACUUUCAGCACUUGGUUAUUAAUAGGAGAUCUCAUUGUUCCUGAAGUAUUCUUGACACCUUUUCAAGCCAGCCCAUCCAUGCCAACAGCUUCAGUCUGUUUUCAGAGGCCUUAUUGAUCCCCAGGCAAGGAGGUGCCAUUGAUCUACAGAUCAUUGCCUGAGCAAAGUGAGUUUUGCAGAUUGUCCAAGACCUGGAGGGAAUAAGGUUAGACCACACCCUUUCCAUGAAACCACUCUUGUUUGCUCGGAAGGAUUUAUCCAGGAGGGUUUUGUACUUGGUCACAUUCCAGCAAAGCCCAACAAAGGCACAUUGACACUUUGCCGACUUACAGAGCCAUUUCCUGGUAUGGCCAUCCUCAAAAUGGAGUCUGUCCCCUUCUCCUUUCAUCAUCCCAUAACUUCUCCCUUCUCUUUUUGUGUGCAUGGUUGCAGGGCUCUGUCUGGAGCCAGGAGGGUCUCUGGGUGGGGUUAUCUUGGGGGAUGGUGGACUGAAGGCAUCUUCUUGGUUAUUAUGGAAUUUCCAGUCUGUAUGUUGAUAGCUGAAGGAAUUUAUUCAGAACCCACAGUCUGUGGUGGCUUUUUUUUGGUGAAUACUUUGUUGUUAGAGGAUAGAUUUUAAAGUGAAGCUAUACUGUGUUUUCUUAAAUAAAUUGUAAGGGGCUACUAUGGGAGACUGUAAAUGCCCUGGCUCCAACUGAGUAAGUGAGGAGUGAUGGUGCACAGCCGAGAUUGUUGAUGGCUCAGUAUCCUACAGAGAUGUCACUGGGGACUGGGGGACUGACUCUGGGAUUUUCUUUUGUGAUCAGUUGCUGUCAGUCACCCAAAAGCUUUGCUUGUUUACCUGUUUGCUCCCCACCUAGACCGAACCCGAUGAACAGCACUUCCAUGCCCAGCAGCCUGAGGAGCAGCAGAUGUUCUGUCUGGGUUGUUUUCCUCAGCCCAUGCUGCUGCCUGAACUUGUGACCGAGCACCAAAUGCCACCCUGCAGGUGCCUGUGCUCAGGCUCAGCCUCUCCCACCUCGCCUGAGCCACUCGUGGUUCUGCCAGACUCCUUCCCUGCCUGCUCAGCUGUUUCUUUGCUGGUGCCCCUGAGCUCCUGGGUGCAGUGAGGCAUCAGGGAGAACACAGGGUGCUGUGGCUGGCUGCUCUCUGAAGGGUCUGUCCCUAAAAAUGCUGUGCUCAGACACAAUGUGUGGGCUUAGAACAGCUGAGGGUCCAGGUCCUUCUUUUAAAUGAUGUAAACCACAAAGGUCUGAGGUCUCAGCCUGGUGGGGGGAUAAGUAGAGAGUGGAGUGCUGGAGGUAAAAUAGAUGGAAUAGAAACACAUGGAUUGAGAGCAAGGUGAGGAGGCCAGGAACACCUGAUUUUAAACAGCACAAUUCCUAACACUGCCCUGUGGGGGGGUUCAGGUAACUUUUGCUUUGAACUUAAAUGAAUUGUAUUUGCUGGUGGGGUAAAGUGGGAUUGGAAGGGUGUUGUGUUUUUAAGGAAAGCUGUCUCAGCUGUGUUUUUCUCUUUUCCUGAAGGCCUCUGUUGGCCGGCAGAGCCCGAGGGUGGUCGCAUACCCAGCCCGUGGCCUAUGUCCUGGAGAGCCCGCCCUUCAGAGCGCAGCAGUUGUGUCAAUGGGCUCAGCUGAUCAUCGACUGAACCUGGCUGAGAUCCUUUCCCAGAACUACGGUGUGAGGGAAGAAAGGGAGGAAGAUGAUACUCAGGAGAAGCAGAAAUCUUUAGAAGAGCUGGAGAAGAGUUUCAGUGCCUCUCAGAGUAGUGAAAUGCCAUUUGAGGAGCUGCUCGCACUGUAUGGCUAUGAGGCAUCUGAUCCCAUCUCGGAGCAGGACAGCGAGAGCAAUGACAUCACUCCCAACCUCCCUGAUAUGACUCUGGAUAAGGAACAAAUAGCGAAGGAUUUGCUUUCAGGGGAAGAAGAGGAGGAGACACAAUCUUCAGCUGACGAUCUGACUCCAUCCGUCACGUCCCACGAUGCAUCGGACUUAUUCCCAAACCAGCCUGGCUCAAACAACUUCCUUGCUGAUGAAGACAAAGAGCCAUGUUCAUCUCCAUGUGCUUCCUCCAUGGCUGAGGACUCAGAGGUGGAUUCCAUCCCAUCCAACGAGUGUAAGAAGGAGAUCAUGGUUGGACCUCAGUACCAGGCCACUGUUCCCAUCCUCCGCUUAAACAGGCACAGGCAAAAAGUGCUUUUUCUGUUAGCCUAUGAGAAUGAAGAUCAGCUGCUUUGGGACCCAAACAUCCUCCCUGAGAGGGAGGUGGAAGAGUUCCUGUACCGCGCUGUGAAGCGGCAGUGGGACGAGCUGUCCGGCAGCAGCCUGCCAGAGGGAGAGGUGGUCAAGGACAACGAGCAGGCUUUGUAUGAGCUGGUGAAAUGCAACUUCAAUGCAGAGGAGGCACUGCGGAGGUUACGGUUCAACGUGAAGGUUAUCAGAGAUGAGCUUUGUGCCUGGAGCGAGGAAGAAUGUAGAAAUUUUGAGCAUGGCUUUAGGGUCCAUGGGAAAAACUUUCACCUUAUCCAAGCAAACAAGGUCCGCACCCGGUCGGUGGGCGAGUGCGUGGAGUAUUACUACAUGUGGAAAAAAUCAGAGCGCUAUGACUACUUCACUCAGCAGACUCGUCUAGGAAGGAAGAAGUACGUCCUCCACCCUGGAGCCACGGAUUUCACUGACAAUGACCUGGAUGGGGUUGAAGUGGAAAACACGAGUCGUUCUCGGAGCUCCCCACCAAUUCCUUCUGCAGCUGGCUGCCUGGAUGCUCACUUUGGUCAAGAUCAGAUACCAAUUGAGAGCACAGAGCCCCUGAGUGUGGAGAGCACGGCCUGCAGCCUGGGCAGCAUCAGCGAGUCGGGGCAGGGCUACGAGUGCAGCACCCCCUCAGAGACAAACUGCUCCUUUGACCCCUCGGAGGAGACGUCCUCGGGCGCUGUCCCUGUGCCCUGCCCACGCCACACUGGCACCCCCUCUGAGCCGGAGCUCUUUGCUUUGCCGCCCGCAGGACCAGGACUGGCAGAGAAGCAGGAGACGUUGCAGAACUCUGGUGAGACAAUAACCAUGGACUUCACUCUCCCUGCAGACAUUAAUGAGGGGUUGCCUUUAAUUGCUGGCCCUGUGGAUUUGGACAGAGACCCUGAGGCAGUGGUGGCCCCUGCGCAAGUGUCCUUAUCGGUCACAGAUUUUGGUCUCAUUGGCAUUGGAGAUGUAAAUACUUUCCUGACUGCUCAUCAGGCUUGCCCAGCACCUGUGGCUCGGUCAGAGCCUCUGUCACAGUGAGAGUCUCCAGUCACAAAUUUGUCACAGACCCAGCAAGGACUUUGACCUGACUGAGUGAAAUUCUGGAACUUCCACUGUCCUGUAGGGGCAGUUUGGAGCUGUUGGUCGGAAUCCGUCUUUCCAUCCUCCUUGAUCCAAGGCUACAGUGAAACCAAACACCUUUCUGCUCCAGUGUAUCCUGAUACAAUCGUGCAAAGUGGUGGCUGGCUUUCCUGAGUGGGGAGGUCCAUCACCCCCCUCCUACGUUGGCCAUGUGUCACCCCAGGUGAUGCCAGUCCGCUCAGAGAGUCCCUGCCUCGGGACAGGGGACAUGUCCCUUGGCCCCAGCGGGACAGUCUGAGGGCAGAGGUGCUUUGAGAAGAGGGAUGUGUUGCCAUCAUGGUGAGGGUGCAGUCUGGGGGUGCAAGAUCUUGGGAGUUUCCUGCAGAGAUGGGCACGGUGAUGCCAAGGGAGGCUGAUGAGUCUUGGCCCUUCUCCCACAGGCAGUGUGUAGGAGCCACUCACCCUGUCCUUUUUCCAGCAGCCAUGGGUCAUGAGAGGCAGGCACCCAACUGCUUCCCCCUCCAGCAGCCACGUGUUCCUUCCUCCACCAGCUGCAGGUGGGACGUGGCCUGGCCCAGCCCUUGGGCAGAAGUGUCAGGUCUUGAAAAGGAAUCCAGCAUCGUGUGUACUCGAGUCCUUCUCACCUUCCCCUGCCAUGCUGGGCCAGGGAGAACUUCUGUGGGGAGUUACAGGAGUUCCUAGACUCAGAGUGCUGCUGGCCCAGAGCUGUGGUGCUGCUGCUGGCAGGGGAUGACCUGAUCUUCACCGAGCCACAAUGCGAGAGGGUAAAAUGCGGGUGAAAACACCUGCAACUUCCCGGUUUGUUCCAACAAUUUGUCAGCAGAGGGAGGAGGUUGCUUAGCUCCCAGGGUGUGAAGCCUGGGAUAUGAAUGCUAGCACAGUCCCAGGCAGGGGAGCACAGCAUCCCUGGGCAUCCCUGCCCCUCCCUGUGUCACAAAACAGGCUGUUCUGAGAGGGAAGUGUGGCUUUUCUGCCACAUAGGGCAGUGCGAGGUGCUGUGCAGAGCCAUGGGAGCUUGUCCUUGGGUGUGCUGGAAUCCAAAGCUGCUUCACUUCCCAGGUGUGUUCCAGGACUGGGAUUGGCCACUGGCUCAAUGUGUUCUCAUUCCCCUUUUUCCAUGCAGGAAAUGCUCUCCACUCACCUGCUGGGCAAGGCUCUGGUGCAAAUAGUCCUUUUUUCCAGCUGUGUUCUUACAUUGAGAAGGGGCUUGGGUUGAGGGUUUUUGCUUGCUUUGGUAGAGGCCUUGGGGCUGUGAUUGUGCACUUGGCUCUGCUGCCAGUGAAUUUGGGCAGGUACCUAAACCCACGAGCCUGCAUCCUCCUUUUACCUGGCCCUGGGAAGUUGUGCUCAGCCCUGCAGCAGGAGCACGGAGACAGCAUCAAACAGCUCCAUGGGGUGUCAGGAUUAGACCUGAUCUCAUCUCCUAAGCCCCAGAUCUGGUUUGUGUGCUUUAGCAGGGAUUUGCUUCAGUCUCCAGCUCUGUGCUGGAAGGUGCUGAGCCCCAGGCAGAUGCAGCUGCCUUCACCUGGCAUGGCUUUGUCAGCCAGAUGUGGUGGGCAGGGGCCUCCCCUCCAGCUGCUCCCAGCUGCUGGGAACAGAAAGCGAACGUGAGUGCCUGAUCCAUAGUGGAACUGUCCAGGCUGUGAUUCCCCUUUUCUGGAGGUGAGAGGACUCUCCUUGGCUGGAGGGAGAAGAAGAGGCAGGGUGAGAGCACAGGCAGCCCUCCCAGGGAGGGCCAGGCCUUGGCAUCUCCUCCAUCAGCUGAGAACAUUCUUAUUUUUCCUGAAACCAUUUUUUCUUUUGGUUUAUUUCAAGCCCUAGUGAAAGGAGAGGGGAGCUGGCUGAGGCAGAAAUCUCUUCAUGUCCUUCAGUGUUGUUUACAGAUUUGCAUGGGGUCUUUCAACAUGAGUGCAGCGCUUUUUCCACGAAACUUUGAGGAGAGGGGUGAAAAAGGCUGGAACAGGGAGGGGGAGUCACUACUGGGGGAGGAGGUUUGGUUCUGUUUUUUUUUUGUUGGGGUUUUCUUUUCUCCUUCUUACAAAGCACAUUCACUUUGAGCCGCUCCCAAUGCUGGACUCUUUUCUCCCUCGCCCCCCAGCCCUACACUGUGAAGUGACACUGCCUUGAAGACCCCUCACCGUUAUUUAUUUAAUUAAAAACCUAAUUUGAAAGUGA